AUUUUUUUGACUUUGGUUGUAGUCAUCUGUGGAAGGUGAAGGCGAUAGUGUCUGCAGAAGAGGAGGGAGUUCAUCUUGAGUUCCUCCGAUGGACUCCGUCUUUGCUGCUGCGACGAGCAACAUAGCUAUAUGUUGCGUUUCGAAGGCCUUGAAUCGGAGGCUCUCCGAAAUUGUUCGUAGAAGAUGCGUUCGCGGUGGUGACCGAGCUCGCAAUUUCAGCUGCAUUUCCAGUUACCUUGCUCUAUACGGAACUGGACUUAUUGGUUCUUCUUCACCGUCGCUUAGGACUCUGCAAGUUGUUUUGCCUUCGCUGCAGCGUCGUUUGCGUUGCGUUUCGAGUUCCUCUGUGUCUUUUGCAUCUGGUGGCGGGAAUGGUGGUUUUGGAGGGAAUAAUGGCGGCGGAGGUCGUGGUGGAGAUGGUGGACUGGGCGGUGGAGAUGCGAAUAAGUUUGUUUCUGGAAGUGCCGAGGAGGUUUCUUCACUAUUGCCUAACGUGAUUAUUCUGGAUGUUGGAGGAAUGACAUGCGGGGGAUGUGCAGCAAGUGUGAAGAGAAUUCUAGAGAAUCAGCCACAAGUGUCAUCUGCUAGUGUGAACCUCACAACAGAGACUGCAGUCAUAUGGCCAGUUCCGGCGGUUAAAGAUUCACCUAAUUGGCUAAAGCAGCUGGGAGAGACGCUUGCUAAUCAUCUAACUCGAUGUGGUUUUGCAUCUAGUCUUCGAGAGUCAGGAAGAGACAAUAUCUUCCUGGUUUUUGAUAGGAAGAUGGAAGAAAAGCGCAAUCGUUUAAAAGAGAGUGGCCGCAAUCUUGUUUUUUCCUGGGCUUUGUGUGCUGUGUGCCUUCUUGGCCACAUUUCUCAUUUCUUUGGCGCUAAGGCUUCAUGGAUCCAUACAUUUCAUACUACUCAAUUUCAUCUAUCAUUGUGCUUAUUUACAUUACUUGGCCCUGGUCGUCAACUUAUUAUUGAGGGUAUGAAAAGUCUUGUCAAAGGAGCUCCAAAUAUGAACACUUUAGUUGGACUUGGAGCUCUAUCAUCCUUUACUGUUAGCUCAUUGGCGGCCUUAAUACCAAAACUUGGUUGGAAGGCUUUCUUUGAGGAACCAGUUAUGUUAAUAGCAUUUGUAUUGUUAGGAAGGAACCUUGAACAGAGAGCUAAAAUUAGAGCUGCGAGUGAUAUGACAGGUCUUCUUAGUAUUUUACCUUCAAAAGCUCGUCUUGUUGUUGAUGGUGAUACUGAAUCGGGUUCAACGGUUGAAAUUCCUUGUUCUAGUCUUUCAAUUGGAGAUGAAGUUAUUGUCCUACCUGGGGACCGUGUUCCUGCUGAUGGAAUUGUGAAAUCUGGUAGAAGCAUUGUGGAUGAGUCUAGUUUCACUGGGGAGCCAUUACCUGUUACCAAGCUGCCUGGGAGCCAAGUUGCAGCAGGAACUAUAAAUCUUAAUGGAACUCUUACAGUUGAGGUGCAGCGACCAGGAGGUGAGACUGCUAUGGGAGAUAUCGUUCGUUUGGUAGAAGAGGCUCAAAGCCGGGAAGCUCCUGUUCAACGGUUGGCUGACAAGGUGUCUGGGCACUUCACUUAUGGAGUAAUGGCACUCUCUGCUGCAACUUUUAUAUUUUGGAGUCAAUUUGGAUCACGCAUUCUGCCUGCAGCUCUUUACCAUGGAAAUUCAGUUUCAUUGGCACUGCAGCUUUCUUGCAGUGUUCUGGUUAUUGCUUGUCCAUGUGCACUUGGCUUAGCUACUCCAACUGCAAUGCUGGUUGGAACUUCAUUAGGUGCAACUAAAGGAUUACUUCUGCGGGGUGGAAAUAUCUUAGAGCAGUUUUCAAUGGUAGAUACUGUUGUCUUUGACAAAACAGGGACCUUGACAGUUGGGAAACCUGUUGUGACAAAGGUGUUGGCGACUUCUAGAUAUGAGAGAGAUGUAGAUUCACAGAUAAACUCACACGGCAAUCAUUCAGAAAAUGAUAUUCUCAAGUUUGCUGCUGCAGUGGAAUCUAACACAGUUCACCCAGUUGGCAAAGCAAUUGUAGAAGCUGCUCGAGCUGUUAAUGUUCAGAAUUUGAAGGUGGUCGACGGAACAUUCAUUGAAGAACCUGGUUCUGGUGCUGUUGCAACAGUAGAAAACAGGAUAAUAUCUGUCGGAACUUUGGACUGGGUUCAGAGGCAUGGAGUUGUUGCCGAUCAUUUUCAAGAAACGGAUGAUCUCAAAGCUCAAUCGGUCGUUUAUGUAGGAAUAGACAAUAUUCUUGCUGGUCAUAUUUAUUAUGAGGAUGGCAUACGGGAAGAGGCUAGUCAUGUCAUCGACACUUUAUCUAGGCAAGGAAUUAACACAUACAUGUUGUCUGGCGACAAAAGGAGUACUGCCGAGUACGUCGCAUCUCUUGUUGGAAUUCCAAAAGAGAAGGUACGAUCUGGAGUUAAACCCCAUGAAAAGAAGAAGUUUAUUAGUGAACUUCAGGAGAGCCGCAACAUUGUAGCCAUGGUUGGUGAUGGAAUCAACGAUGCUGCUGCUUUGGCUACUGCAGAUAUUGGAAUUGCGAUGGGUGGGGGUGUCGGAGCCGCCAGCGAGGUGUCUCCUAUAGUGUUAAUGGGCAACAGACUCUCUCAGUUGCUUGAUGCUUUGGAGCUUAGCAGGUUAACCAUGAAGACCGUGAAGCAAAACCUUUGGUGGGCUUUUGGAUAUAACAUCGUGGGAAUUCCAAUUGCGGCAGGCGUAUUGCUUCCUAUUACUGGGACUAUACUCACACCUUCCAUUGCGGGUGCCCUUAUGGGUCUGAGUUCCGUAGGUGUUAUGGCAAAUUCACUACUUUUGAGAUUAAGAUUUUCUCAUAACAGAAAAAAAUCUCUGGAGGACCAACAACCUAAAGAAAAAUAGAUUAGAAAG